AUGUCUUCGUCUCUGGGUGAUGCUGUCAAGCUUCCAUGCGGGCUGGUCUUCCCCAACCGCCUCGUCAAGGCAAGUCAUUUCGAUGAUAAGGGCCAGGGAAAACGACUGACCAGUCCAGGCGGCAAUGGCCGAGCUGAUGGCCGGAUCAGAACAUACGCCUACACCCCAACUAACGGAAGCAACGUUCAAGUCGACGUCAACCACCUGGGCAGUCCCUUCGACCCCGCCCUGCCAGCCGAGUACACAGGCAAAGAGUCCAACCCCGCGCUCGUCCAGACAUGGGCCAAAUACGCCGACGCCUGCCAGCAGCACGGCGUCCCCUCCAUCGUGCAGAUCUGCCACCCGGGCCGGCAGUCGUUCCGCAUCGCAGGCAAACGCGGUCUCUUUGCGCCGACGAUUGCGCCGAGCGCGAUCCCCCUGCAGAUGGGGGAGGGGCUGCUGGACCGGAUUAUCAGCCGGCUGGCGUUCCCUGCGCCGAGGGAGAUGACGCAGCAGGAUAUCGAUACCGUGACGAGGCAGUUUGUCGAUACGGCGCGGUUGAUGGCGGACGCUGGGUUCUCGGGGAUCGAGCUGCAUGGUGCGCAUGGGUAUCUGAUUGACCAGUUCUUGAAUCCAAAGACGAACCUACGAACCGACGCAUACGGCGGCUCCGCAGAGAAGCGCGCCAAGUUCGUCCUCGAUAUCCUCUCCCAAACCCGCAAAGUCGUCCCCGCAACCUUCUGCAUCGGCAUCAAAUUCAACUCCGCAGACCACUCCUCCGCCUCCUUCGAAGACACCAUGACCCAGAUCGCCCUCCUCGUCGACGCAGGCAUCGACUUCCUCGAAGUAAGCGGCGGCUCAUACGAGGAUCCCAGGAUGAUGGGCGCCAAAUCCCACCCCGAGAAAAGCCAGCGCACCCUCGCCCGCGAAGCCUUCUUCCUCGAAUUCGCCCGCGAAACCCGCAAGCGCUUCCCGACCCUCGUCCUCAUGCUCACGGGCGGAUUCCGCACGCGCACCGGCGCAGAGUACGCCCUGCAGGAGAACGCAUGCGAUCUGGUCGGCAUCGGCCGCCCCGCGGCUGUUGACACUGCUUUUGCGCGAUUGCUGCUGGACGAGAGUGUGCCUGCGGAAGAGGCCAAGUUGCCCUUGAACAAGGUCAAGCCGCCGUUUCUGCUGAGUCUGCUUCCGAUUAAGGCGGUCGGGGCGGGGCUGGAGAGCUCGUACUAUGCGGGUCAGAUCAAGCGGAUAGGGAAUGGGCUGAAGACGUUUGCGCCGUCUUUGGGAUCGACGAUCGCCAAAAUCCUCGCCGAAAACACUCGCGAGCAUCCCGAUGUCUUCGAAGAAAGGGUGCAGAUGUGGGUGUUCGAGGAGGACGUGACCGUGCCGGAAGACUCGCCGCACCGCGAGGCCCUCGGCGACAAGCCGCACAGGCUGACCGAGGUCAUCAACCGCGUCCACGAGAACGUCAAGUACCUCCCCGGCAUCGCGCUGCCGGACACCGUGGUCGCCAACCCGGACCUGCGCGAUGCCGUCCAGGACGCCACGCUCCUCGUCUUCAACCUCCCGCACCAGUUCAUCGAUAAGACGCUCGAGCAGAUGAAGGGCCACCACCUCCCCUAUGCGCGCGCCGUCUCGUGCGUCAAGGGCGUCGAGGUCGCCAACGGGCGGGUCACGCUCUUCUCCGAGCUCAUCAUGGAGAAGCUGGGCAUCUACUGCGGGUCGUUGUCCGGCGCCAACAUCGCCCCGGAGGUCGCCGCCGAGGAGUUCUGCGAGACCACCAUCGGCUACGACCCGCCGCCCAUGGACCUCGACGCGAAGCAGGAGUUCUCCCCGGAUAACCGCCACGUGAUCAACAAGCAGCGCCAGCGCAAGAUCUCCUCCACCUCCGCUGAGCUCCAGCGCGUGCCGGACGAGUACCCCGUUGUCGACGAGAAGCUGCUCCACCGCCUCUUCGAGCGCCCGUACUUCCAUGUGCAUGUCGUCGCCGACGUGGCGGGUGUGGCGCUGUGCGGCGCGCUGAAGAACAUCGUCGCGCUGGCCGCCGGCUUCGUUGCGGGCAAGAAAUGGGGGGAGAAUUCCAAGGCGGCCAUCAUCCGGAUCGGGAUGAUGGAGAUGAUCCGGUUCGGGCGCAUCUGGUUCCCCGAGUCGGUGAACGAGAAGACCUUUACCGAGGAGAGCGCGGGCGUCGCGGAUCUCGUCGAUGAGAUCGAACAGUCGGAGCUGAAUGGGCAGAAACUGCAGGGGACGUCGACUGCUCGCGCCGUGUGCGAUUUUCUGUCGACGCAUGGCAAGUUGGACGACUUUCCGUUGUUCGAUGCGGUCAAUCGCAUACUCGAUGGUAAAGUCAGUGUCGAUGAGCUGCCAAAGUUGUUGAAGUAA